AUGUCCAAUCAAAUGGAAUUUAUGAUGCAGCUUUAUAUGAUGAACCUGCUGCAGCAACAACAACAACUGCAGCAGCAGCAACAGCAACCGCAACAACAACAACAGCUGUCGAGCUUUGCCUACACACAGAAAGAGGAUAUCAGCAGCAGCACAUGCCUGCAACAACAGCAACAGCAGCAGCAGCAGCAACAACUGCAGCAGCAGCAACAGCAACACAAGACAAGAACGCACAAACGAACAAAUUCGCAAAACACGAACUGUAGUAGUAGCCGUAGUUGUAGUCCCAAUAUGACAUCAACGCCAAACGAGCAAGCAGCAGCAGUAGCAGCAGCAGCAGCAACAUGUGCAGCAGCAGCAACAGCAGCAACAUCUGCAGCUGGCAACCUUUCGGCAGUCACAGUCAAAUAUGAGCAGGAUUUCGAUGAUGAGGACGACAAGCCGCUGUCGAGCUUGAACAGCUGCAGCUCCUCGGGCCUGGCCAGCACCAAUGAUGCUAGCACCAGCGCCAGCACCGAGAAGCUGCUCCUGUUGUCCGGCAUACAGCCGCUGGAGAGUACGAGCACCACCGACAGCAACGACUCGCCCAGCAUGUACACGCCCGUCAAGCAGCCAGCGGACUCCUCAUACAAUGUCGUCACCAGCAUCGAUAAUGAGGCCACAUUGAGCACGCCCCUGGCACAGAGCAACUCGCUGCUGACGCCGCCGCCCUCCAGUGAUCAGGGCAAGGGCAUUGUUAGUCUGAGCACGGCCAGCAGCUUGGACGCCUUUCUGCAGAACGAGGAGAAUCUGAAGAAUCUGCGCAAGGUGUCCUCGUAUCUGGAGUGCGAGAAUACGCUCUGUCGCCAGGAGACGCUGCGCGAGCAUUUUCACUGCUACGAUGAGCCCUGCCAGGGCAAGAUAUUGAGCAAAAAAGAUGACAUCAUACGCCAUCUAAAGUGGCACAAGAAGCGCAAGGAGAGCCUCAAACUGGGCUUCGCACGGUUCUCCUCCGCGGAUGACUGUGCGCCCGCCUAUGGCGAUGGCUGUGCCUACAAUUGGAAGCAGACCCACUAUCACUGCGUCUACGAGCACUGUCCCAAGGUCUAUGUGAGCACCAGCGAUGUGCAGAUGCACGCCAACUUCCAUCGCAAGGACUCGGAGAUUGUGAACGAGGGUUUCCGGCGUUUUCGCGCCCACGAGAAUUGUCGCAUUGAGGAUUGCCCCUUCUACGGCAAGAAGAUAUCGCACUAUCAUUGUUGUCGCGAGGGCUGCAAUCACACCUUCAAGAACAAGGCCGACAUGGACAAGCAUAAGACGUACCAUUUGAAGGACUAUCAGCUGACACAGGAUGGCUUCAAGAAGAUACUCAAAACGGAACAGUGUCCUUUCGAGUCCUGCAAGUUUUCCACGGUGUGCAAUCACAUACACUGCGUGCGCGAGAACUGCAACUACAUCCUGCACUCGAGCAGCCAAAUGAUUAGUCACAAGCGCAAGCACGAUCGCCAGGAUGGCGAACAGGCCUAUCAGCAGUUCAAGAGCAAACAGGAGGAUACGGACGACACCAUCUCACUGGAUGCCACACCGCUGCCGACCAGUGCCGCCAACAGCAACAGCUCCAACUCCACCACACCGCUCUCCUCGCUCUCCGCGGAACACUUUCUGGCACGCAAACGUGGUCGGCCGCCCAAGAAGAUUCAACUGCCCGCCGAUGCACAGCAAUCGGAAGCGAAGCGUCUGAAACUGGAGGACACCGACAGCAAUCCGGCGCCAACAGCACCGGCGCAGUUCCAGCCCCCGCCCAACAGCAAUUCACUGAGCAGCGCUCUGUUCCCCAAUCUGAUGCCCAACUUUACGGCCGCUGCCGCCGCCGCAGCUGCCGCGGACGCUGCAACGGCGCCGAAUUUCCAGCUGACGCAUCUGAUGGCGCUCUUCCAGCUGCAGAAUCCGCUCUUCUAUCAGAAUCUGUAUCCGGGCGCCGCGGCUGCCAAUAUGCUGGCCGUGCCACAGAAUGCGUCCAUGUUUGGCAAUUUGGCCGCCUUCAGCGCAGCGGCCGCUGCGGCAGCGGCGGGCGUCCAGCAGCAGCCGAAGAGCGAGUUUAGCAUUAAGCCCGAGUUCAAGGAGUAG